CUGAUAUUUGUAGUCCACACCUACAAUUUUGCAGAUAACUACGCAAUAUAAGGCAGGGAUGUUUAGUUGAGCCGUCCACAUUCUGACCAUUGGAUUGGUUUGCUGUAAAUUCCUCCUGGCUGUAAGAUUGCAUUUCUGCAAGAAUGAAGUCUGGCCUGCUUUUCCAGUUCAUAUUGAUGUCUGUCACUAUUUUCUGCCAUGGAAAUGAUCAGUUCCUCAAUGACAAUGCAAACCUCAUACUCCCGGGGUCAUAUAAUAUUCCAUGGAUGGCGGGCAUUGAGGAUUUCCGCACCCUCUCUCUCCUCACCUUUCCUGGUGCCCAUGACAGCAUGGCCCUGUAUGGAGGUCCAGAGGCUAAACACCAGGCUUGGUCCCUGAAGGAUCAACUAAGAGCUGGCAUUCGUUUUUUAGACCUCAAAGUAUUUGGACUGGGUGACACCCUCUGCGUCAUGCAUGGGGUGAUUUACCAACACAUCACUCUCAGGGAUGUAAUUGACACUGUCCAAGCCUUCCUGUCAGAGUUUAAGAGUGAAGCUGUGCUCAUUAGAGUCCAACCAGAGUCUUUUGAGAAGAAAACUGUGAAUGAAAUGGUGCAGAGUCUAAUUGGUAGCGACCAGCAUGUGUGGGUGAACACUGCAAUGCCAAAUAUGGGUCAAGUCAGGGGGAAAAUUGUCUUUUUGCAAAAGAGCACCUUCACUCUGGGAAUUCCCCUCAUAGAUACAGAUGGAAAGCAUUACAAUGAGGUUAGCGAUUUUAAAAAUAAAGAGAAUGAAAUAAUUAAGCAGCUGAACCAAGCCACUGAAGCUUGUGGGGGUGAUAAUGCUAUUUUGACUGACAGUAGUGGCUCAGGCUUUGGUACUUUCUGGGGGAUGUUUCUGACUCCAAAGCGAGUCGCUGAGAAGGUAAACCCAUGGCUCAAUCAAUACCUGAGACAGUUUUACCCUAAUAAACCCAGACCAUGCUUUGGCAUAAUUGCCAUGGACUUCCCCGGCAUUGACCUCAUUCAAACUGUUAUCAAUUUAAACUUUUGGUAAUAAUACAAUGAUUCACAGAUGUCUUUCAUUCAUACCUACUGUACACAUUCUUAUGUAGCCGAAGUAUCUGGAAAUACAUAAAGUAAUCUGUGAAGUGAUACUCUGCUUGUUUCGUUUGUAAUUGCAUCUUGUGGCCAUAAAUAUGCCUACAAUAAAUAAAAUGAUAUUGCUUUCUCAUUGAUCUUGA